CCUGAAGCUCUCCUAAUGCUUCUACCAACAAUAUUUGUAGCAUCUUUUGUUAUUGUGCCCCCCCGAAUUCAUUGCACCUUGAGCUUCAAAGGUACUGGAGGGCGUCAUGAUUUUCGUACCGCCCUCAACCUACUACACCAUCCCCAGAACUCUCUACGCAUGUACCCUUCUCCUGGAAACAGACAGGAAUGAGACAGAUGUCUUAUUAGCAACUUGGGAAAUCUAUUCUCUUGAACCUCCGUAUUUCCCGAUAUCCCAAUCUACGGACAAUGGCUCGACGUGGAUUAAAAUAUCACGAGUAACAGAUCAUGGGGUUUGCGGUAUCAGCCGUUUCUGUAUGAGCUCCCCAGUGACAGAGGGUUCCCUGCUGGUGCAGAUUUAUGUGCAGGUUGUCUUUCGAGAGUCAUCCAAGCUGUACCACAAGUUGAUGCAUAUAGCGCAGUGCCUACACAGCUGCAUUACAACAUGUUAAAUGCGUGUUUGUAUGAUGAAUUUGGUGUCUCGUUUUUGUUCAAACCAAAUAAUAAUUGAUUGUUUUUAAAGCUUGGUCAGUCGUAGCUAUAGAGCUUAG